AUGGCUGAUGGUACCAAAGAGACGAUUCGGUGUAACGUUGAACAUCCCACCGACAUUGUUCUUAAGCGAUUCGCUGAACAAAUUGGUAUGAACAUUGAAAAUAUUGGCAAUUUUGGUUUAUUUUUGGCAAAACGACGAUACAACAACAGUAACAAUGCUCAUUACAUUUCAUCAGAAUCAUUCCGACCAUCCUCCAGUAAUGUAUCGGUUGAUGUUUUUAUGGCUGAUGGUACCAAAGAGACGAUUCGGUGCAACGUUGAACAUCCCACCGACAUUGUUCUUAAGCGAUUCGCUGAACAAAUUGGUAUGAACAUUGAAAAUAUUGGCAAUUUUGGUUUAUUUUUGGCAAAACGACGAUACAACAACAGUAACGAUGCUCAUUACAUUUCAUCAGUUUGCUCAACACAAUACCCCGAUAGUCUUUGCGUUCGCUUGUUGCGCAGUUUCGAAUCGCCUUAUUUAUCAACACAUUUACUCAAUCAGAAAUCGGCAGCAGCAGGAGUGUUUUAUUAUGCUGUAGGUGAUUUACACAAUGGUCAUUUUGUGCCGUGCCAGCCGGAAAUUAAAGAUCGUUUAUUGGCAUUGGAAGAACAAGGAAACUGUUUACAGCGAUUAUACUUUCCAGGCGUUCGCUUGCUGCGCAAUUUCGAAUCGCCUUAUUUAUCGACACAUUUGCUCAAUCAGAAAUCGGCAGCAGCAGGAGUGUUUUGUUAUGCUGUAGGUGAUUUACACAAUGGUCAUUUUGUGCCGUGCCAGCCGGAAAUUAAAGAUCGUUUAUUGGCAUUGGAAGAACAAGGAAAUUGUUUACAGUUUCUUCGUUUAUGCCAUUUGCAACCGAAUUAUGGCUAUGAAGUGCUUGAGCCGUGUUUGAGUGAUUAUCCACGGCUGAAUACCGAGUGUAGCCUGAAAGUCGGUCGGCGUCACAUUCUUCUUGAAUUCAGCGAAGACCACAGCAAAGUUGUUAGUUUUCUUUUUUUUUUGUUAGUUAUUUGCCUUUCCGUUCGGAAAUUUUUCAAGGAUUCCUUUCAGUUCGGGGAUUUUUCCUCUAUGUCCUACUGUCCCACGUUUACCUCCGUCAAAGUAGCACAGUCUUGGUUUCUCAAGUGGUCACUUCUGGAAUUUUUCGGCUAG